AGUGGCACUAGUACAGUUCGAUUCCAGAGGGAAUGACUCUGAAAAGCCGGUUAUUUUUACUGAAUAAAACGCAUACAGCGCGACCUGUAAACUAUAGUUCGAAUCCCGCUGGAUUAACUCUGAGAGUCGGUUCUUUUCACUGAAUCAAACACAUACAGCGCGACUUGUAGUUUCUCGAACGAAUAAUUUAUGAGAAGAUUUUCGACCAAGUCCUCAUGGAACUCGAACAAACCGUUUUUCCCCAUAUUAACCGCAAAACGUAAUGUAGCCUAUACUAUAUAAGCUAUAAUAAUUCGGAACAUGUAAAAACCCAUACAAAAUUCCUCAAGAAAACCUAGUUUGAAAAUGCAUUUUAGGACCACAGACUGACCAGUUUUAUUGCAUUGGAAAUUUUUCUUUUCUUUUUUUUUUUUUCUCUCUCUCUCUCCCUUAAGUACAUAAAGAGUCGUUAAGGAACCGGAAUAGUUAAAUGUAUCACGAUCUCCAUCCCUUCUCCCCACAUUGUGAGUGUGUGCGCGAGUUUGUGUGUGUGCGCGCGUGCUAGAGGAGGGAGAACUCGACUCUGAAUCCAGCCACGAAUCACGGAGAAUGUGCGCGAAACGCUUCACUGCUGUUCUCUGUAACUCCACAGGGCAGAUUCUGUAUGAUUUGACGCGAACUGGUUUGGGAACGUCGGAGUGACAUUGAAGAAGGCGCAUUUCUGAAGAGCCAGAACCGAACCUCCGUCUCGAGCUCAUCUACAGUCAGCAUCCGUACAUUCUGGACCUGUUACCACUGACCAUUUCACCCUGUGUGGAUACUUCUCCAGACCGCAGAGGAUUUGCGCAAUUUCCAACGGACCAAAUUAUGACUCAUUUUACUUUGCUUGGAUGAGUUUUCCAUCAAUUUGAUUUGCUUUGCUUUUUAAUUAAAACACAUAUUAGCCUGUAUUGUUAAAUAUUAAAUUGGGCAAGUACCCGUUCAAUAAUGACUUUUUAAUGCCCCUCCCAGCAAAUUAAAUAUUUGAAUGCGUUUUAUGAGAUGCGUAAUAUGGAAACCACUGCGCGUAAAUUCACGUCGGAUUAACUCUCUCUUCGCUUCCCGGCCGCAUUCCCGUGAAAAUCUAUGGAAGUAGCCGAGUUUGCUUUGAACUUGCUCUAGGCUGGGUGCCGGGAGUAUUUUCUGCGGGACGUAGUGAGGAUGCAGUCGGGGAUGCGGGCGCUCUGUGCCGGCGGAGGCGCGUCUCUCUGCUGCCUGCUCAUGCUGUGGAUGAUCUACACCCACAUCCUGAAAGAAGGUCAGUUGGCAGUAGGCACAUGUGAGAUAGUGAUGUUGAAUAGAGACAGCAGUCAACCCAAGCGCACUAUCGCCAGGCAGACAGCCCGCUGUGCCUGCCGGAGAGGACAGAUCGCUGGCACCACACGGGCCCGACCAGCAUGCGUGGACGCCCGGAUAGUGAAAAGCAAGCAGUGGUGUGAGAUGUCCCCGUGUUCAGAGGGUGAGAUCUGCGGACUGCUCUUCAAUCGCUCCGGAUGGACCUGCACCAAAGGCGGAGGCCGCAUUAAAACCGUCACGCCUCUGCCCAAGGAGCCAUCCUAAAGGACUUCAGUUUGCCGUGAGGAGGUUUGCUGACAUUCACAGGAGCGACGCCAAACAGGAAUCAUCCAUCAGCCCCCACACAUUUGUGUCCAUCCUCUCAUUUCGGAGCUAAAGAUAUCAGCUGCCCCUCUCCCCGUCACCCUCCAACAGGAAAUGGAAUCCAUGCGCCAUGGUUGCAGUCAGUCAAGCGUCUCUACAGUUACAUGCAAGUCAUCGAGUCCCAGCAGUCACCAUCGUCUCACAGCUGGGGACACGCAACAUUUUCAAUCAAACCUUGACAUAAUUGAACUGUUUAAGUUUUGAUCUCAAAAUACAUUAGCUAGGAGAACAUUUCACUCGCUUUCCAUCCAGUUAAACCGUCAGAGGAGACUGUUCACGCACCUUUCAGACUAAGAUUACGUAAGUUCCUCGCAAAGAGCGGGGAGGCUGUUGCGUAAGAACCGCCUCGAAGGACCCCAACUGCGUCUUCAGAGCAAGGACAUGUCGUCGAUGAAAGGCCAAGGAUGUGCAGAGACCUUAAAACGUACCGCAGAGCUCAGGUCUCUCUGUAAAAGGACGUGUUUUCCUAUGGAAUUGAGAAGCAGCAGAUGACUGAUGUAUCUUGUAGAUUUGACCUCACGCGGUUUGACCAUAUGGAUUGUGUGCUGUUGAGCUCUGUCUGAGAAUGGCAAUGCACUGAUGCCGUCAACUCUAAUCAUGGCUGAUUUAAAGAUUAGCAAACAAUGUGUGGAUGUCAUCUGUCCCUUCCUCUCUGGGGCGUCUCUUUCACUCUCUGCUUUAAAUGUCUGUCUCUAAUGGAUAUAUCAUUUUUAUUGAUACUUUAUUUUGACUGUAAAUUGACAAUUGCGAUGGAGUGUUGACCUAGAUAGGAAAUAAAGGGUGUGUCCAUGUAAAUGUGCACUUGCUUUGGGGACUCUCUCUAUAUCGGGGGCUGUGCUGAUUUGCUGCUUAAAGUCAAUGUGAAAACAUAAUGCAUAUUUAGUUUCGUAAUAAAUGGUCCUGGUUUAUUUGUGAAUGAUUCAUUGGUGCAAUCACACUACCUAUCAAAAUUUGUGGUCAGUAAUAUUGUUUAACAUUUUUGAAAGAAGUCUCUCACUCACCAAAGGCUGCAUUUAUUUGAUCAAAAAUACAGAAAACUUACAAAUAAAUGUAUUCUUGUAAUGGUAAAGCUGAAUUUUCAGCAUCAUUAAUCCUGUCUUAAGUGUAACAUGAUCAUUAGGAAAUCAUUUUAAUAUGAUGAUUUGCUGCUCAAGAUUUUAUUUUAUUUAUUUAUUUUUAUCAGUAUGGAAAACAGUUGUGCUGUUUGAUAUUUUUCUGAAAACCGAGAUUUUUUUUUUUGUAUUUAUUUUUUUUUUUCCGGGAAUUUAUUCAAGUAAAAAGUUCAAAAUAAAUUAGCAUUUAUUUGAAAUAGAUAACAAUGUAAAAGUCUUUACUGUCACUUUUGAUCAAUUUAGUGCACCCUUGCAAAUUUAAAGCAAAAGAUUUUAAAAAACAAAACAAAACAAAAAAACACUCACUGACCCCCAAACUUUUAAACGGUAGUUUAAAUCUAAAAAUCUUUAUUUUUAUAUUCCUUUAUUAAAACAUAACUCUUAAAAACACUUCUGUUGUUGAAGAAAAUUAAUAUUAGCCAAUAAAAUCAUAUUUUUGCAUGAUCCAAUCAGAUUCCAAUAGGAUGAAUAAUCCUAUCAUGUAUCGUUUUUCUCACCAAAUAUUCUGUUGAACUCAGAAAUGCAUAAAAAUUAAGUUAAAUACUUUGUAAAUGCUGAUUCAUAUCGUCAAAAAGUCUAAAUUAAUCGACUUGGUAAACAUUCUUAUUGUGCACAAUUCAUUCAUGUUAAUUCACCUCUGAAACAUCUUUUCUUUGGUUGAUGGCACUUAAAUCUCAAAAAAAAAAAAAAAAAAAAUGGUGGUGUUUCUGGUGUUGAGUAAUCCUUCUAAAUAGACUGCAAAAGCUAGCAUUUCACCAUCCAAUUAAAUUCCAGUGGCUAAAAUCUACAUUAUUUCCUUGGAAUAUUCAGUUUCGUUUUGGAAAUGCAUCAAGAUACAUCACAGAAAUACAUGGUAGAACUUAUAAUGCAAAACAAAUGCUGGUUCAUGUUGACUUCAAGUAUGUGAAAGAUAUAUUUUGUGUUAUGCUCUUUGUUUCCUCUAAUACUGAGGCAGUCUGCUUUUCACAAAUACGCCGAUCUAUUGUCAAAUUGGUUCUCCUCGUGGCCAGUGGAGAAGAUGAAUCCAUAUGAUGGAUGUAACUGGUUGCAUAUAGCAGCAAAAGUCCCAUAAGAUGAAAGAGCGAAAGAAUAUGGUCACUUUCAGUGAACAGUAGUAAUUCAUCAGUCUCAUGGGCUAGGCCCAGCUCCCUGAGUUGUGAAUUUUAAUGGUGUUUUUAUGGUUCCUAAUAAAGUCUGUUAUGCUUCUGGCAAAUAUGCAGAGCACGACAUUGCUCGCUUCCAAUUACUGAGAAACUCAAGGAGAUUCAGUGUUCAUUCGUUAUGGCGUAUAGUUAUUUAGGAAUAACAGGACUAUCUCUCUCAUGGAUUCUCUCUCUACCCAUGCAUGUGGAGUUCUGUGUUCUGUAAGCUGUCCAGAUCCACUCCAGGUUUUCCAUUUCCUGCUCCUCGCUCGAUCCACACUCACUGGUGAGAGAAUCCGAGGGGUCAAGGUUUGGCUGGUCAGCAUGGUCCAGUUUUCCCCUGUUGGUGGACAUUGUAACUUUUUUUUUUUCAUUGACAGCCAUUUAAAAUUCAAGCAUCAUUCAAAUAGUAAAUAUUGCAGUAAGACUUUAAAAUAAGGUUUCAGUUGUAAACUACAUCUAAUGCAUUAACUAACAAUGAGCAAUACAUUUGUUACAGUACUUAAUCUUUGUUAACCUAAGUUAAUACAAAUACAGCUGUUCAAUGUUAGUCCAUGUUAGCUCAGUUCAAUUAAAUAACACUAAUAUAUACAACUUUUGAUUUUAAUAAUGUAUUAGUAAAUGUUGGAAUCAACAUUAGCUAAAAAAUGCUUUAGAAGUAUUUUUCGUACUUAAACUAAUGAAAUAUUACAUAUUAUAUUAUGUAUUAUAUUUUUCUGUGUGCUGCCUUUGAGGGCACAUAGUCAAUAAUUAAGUUUGUUUCUGGUUCAGUGUAAAAAAUACAUUUUUUGAAAGCAGCUGAUAUAUUAAACCUUUAAAUAAUAUUUCAUUGUAGUUGAUAUUUUAGCAAUGCCAGUUAUUUUUUUGUGAAAUUGGCUUCUUAUUUUAUCAUAUUAAUUAUAUAAUAAUAUUUAUUCUAUUUUUCUUUCUGCUGCCUUUGACAGCACAGCACAUAGAAAAAUUAAAAAGAUAUUUCAAGUUCAUAAGUUUGUAAUUAUGCUUGUUUUGACCUUCUCAUAAUUCAGAUUUUAUACCUCAUAAUUGUUUUGUACUGUAAUUGAGAAUGUUUAAAAUUUUUGAUUCUCAUAAUUCAAACUAUAUAUUCAUUGAAAUAAUUUCUCAUAAAAUGAACAGUACAUUUGUUUUUCAUGACUUUUGUUCCUUCAAAACAGGCUUCAAUACACACAGGCUCUCCUUAAAUUUUCACUAAACAUUUUGCAAUAAUAUUUCACAAUCAUAAUUUCUUUCAGAAUCUUAAUAGCCUAUUAAUACUGUGUUUAACACAGGGAGGUAUCGGAGUGAUCCUGGAGCAGUCCCAUUUUCAGUGAAACAUUCCUCGCUUCAGGCAAAAAUCACACAACUGCGCUGCUUCUUCGCAUUGCUGUCUAUGACAUUAUCCCUGAAGUGCUGUUGUUAUAGGGUGAUGUUUACUGCUCUGACAGCAUUCUUUUACAUUUCAGAUGACAUCCCAGUGAGAUCCUGCAAGACCUCAAGGCUUCUGCCUCCACUGUACCUGUGAUUUAUUAUUUAUCAAUAGGAACAACCACAUUAAUGGCCAGAAAGCCCGCGAUCUUAAUUUUACUUGGACAUUGGCAUCUAUUCCUGUGAUUCCUAGGUGACAUUUAUGUACAUAUUUGCUCAUCGUGAACGGUGCUUGCGGUUAUGGGAUCAAUAAGGCCAUAACAUCAAAUCACAAGUGCAGAACGGUCCUGAGAGGUUGCGUUAUUACGGCAAUAUCUCUGCCGUUGGCCUGCUAUAUCAAGUUCCAGUACACCCAUAUGAUCUAUUCGUCAGUGCUAACCAUGAAGGAAGCCAUCACCUGUCACAUUCUCAUGACUUAAACCAACAUGUGGCUGCGGUGCGUGUAAUUCCCAUGUAUUUUCUACCAGAACUUGAGCGUGUUCUGUGGGGUGCUGAUGUUGAAAGAGUUGAGGAUGAGCUGCAUCACUCUUCCAAGGCCUUUCUGGUAGUUAUCCACCCUGAGGCAUCUGUCAUUAAGUCUAUAUAAUACAAGCGUAAUUGGGGUUUAUGCCCGGAUUAAGAGAUCGUUACACUUAAUUACGACGAAUCACGAUGCUCUAAGAUGUCUGGGCCAGAAGAUAUAAAACAGACGAUAGUGUGAGAAUGAAUGAACCAUGCAAGGGCAUAAUUAGCAUGUUUUGUCAUCUUUAAGAUCCUGAUAUUAAAAUUACAUGCACAGGAUUUUGUAAUCCAUGCAAACAAUUUUGAGCACUCAAAAAUUACAUUUUAAUAGCAGUGCAUUAAAGAAAUGGUUCACCCAAAAAUGAAAAUUUGCUGUUAAUUUACUUACCCUCAGGACAUCCAAGAUGUAGGUGACUUUCUUUCUUCAGAACAUUAAAGACGAUUUUUAGCUGUAUCUAUGGUCCUUGGUGAUACAUAAAGUGCAAGUCAAUGGGUUCCGGAUUCAGUUCUUGAUGAUAAAAUGAGAUCUUUACACUGGAUUUAGUUCACAAAUGUAAUUUCACCCACAUACGUCAUCAUGAGACAAAGCUUACACUCCAGGACCAUUUGCUUGAGGCUGUUUAUUAUUGGUAAUAAUGCUGUAAAUAAUGUUCCUUUUCGUGCACAGACCGAUUGUUUCACUUCACAUGAUCUCAAUAUAUCAUCAGGAGGACCAUGGAUUCAGCUAAAAAUCAUCUUUAAUGUUCUACUGAAGAAAGAAAGUCACCUACACCUUGGAAGGCCUGAGAGUGAGUAAAUUAAUAGUUAAUUUUUAUUUCAGGUGAAGCAUUCCUUUAAUAUCAAUGCAAAUUUGAAUUUUUUGGGUGUAUUAUUCCUUUAAUAAAAAUGCAAAAUGUAAUUUAAAGUUUAAAUUACAUUGUCAAGUCACCUUUAUUUUUCUAGCGCUUUAUAAAAACGAGAUUGUGUCAAAGCAGCUUCACAGUAUUAAACAGUGUUAUAAGAAUCAAAGAUGCUAACUUCAAAUAUGUGACAAAUUCUGCUGUUCAGAACAAUAAAGUCAUUAUUCACCUCAA